AUGGGCUCAUAUUACAACAUUGAUGCCAUCCUGACAGAUGCUCAGAAAGUCCCUUGCACAUUCGAACUCACAGUUCCCAACAUGGGAUAUCUGCAGGGCAACCCAGGCGAAGACAUAAAACAAGGAUCUAAAGUAGAAUUACCACUCUGGUUAGCCGAAAUGCUGGCAGUAAGCAACCCUUCUGGCAAUUCAUCGCUGGCGACAUUGGAUCUACCUCAAGCACUCUCCCAACGCGUCAUGAAUGCACUCAAAGCAGACCCAAAAACAGUAGAUAUACGAGCUCAGGCACAACAUUUCUACAAUAUCGGUGCACGCAUGCUCGAGCUGUUUGAAGAGGAAGAAAUGGUUGAUAUCUUGACAAAUACAUUCAAGCAACGUGCAGCUGAGAUCUCAGACCAAGCGCUAAACUCACGAAGUGCAUUGGGCGAAGGUGCUGACUUUGCGAGGGGCUUGGAUGAAACCGAGCGACAAUUAUUCCGCGCCGCCCAUGAUAGCACCCAUGCAGUGAAGAAGUGGUUAGAGACGGCUCAGAAUUCUUGA